GAAUACUUUGACUGAUAACUACGGCAAUGUGAUGUCUGUUGACUGGAAAUCAUCUCACACCAGAGCCUUACACUUGCCAACUCUGAAUCUUCUGGAUAAGGCUUUCUGUGUCCUAAUUAAGGAUUUCGAUUCUUCUCAGCCUGGCAAGCUUGUCAUAGUUGUGAAUGACAUUUCCUGUGUUUCCAUGGAUCAAUUAGAAGUUAUCUGUCCACAGCCCAUGUAGCCGAAGCUAUGUUCAUCAACUUCAUAUAUAUUAGCAAAAAAUUGUAUUUUUCAGCAUGGUAAUGGAUUUUGUUAGCUGUUUUUGCUGUCUGCUAGCAAAGUAUUAUGUCACUAGACAUCUGUAUGUUGCUGAAGGGUUGCAUACCAUAGCAAACUUACACUCUUUAGCUGCAAACAGGGUUUUGUUUUUUGUUUUGUGAUAUUUAUGAGUAUAGAACAAAUGUACAGUUUUAACCUGGUUUUUAUGUGUUUAAAUCUAUUUUUACAGUAAAUAUAAAUGAAAACACACUAAUUCCUGUAUUUAACAGUUUUAAGACGGGGGGGGGAGACAAAGUUUCAUAUACAUAAAAAUAAGUUUUGUUUUUAUCGGCGGAUUAAUAUGAGACAAAAAAAACUAUUUUAUUUAAUCUCAAAACAUAAAAGGGAUGAAACGCUAAUUGCACUGAUAUAAUUUCAUAAGAUAUAAGAAUGCUAAAAUAGCAUAAGUUUAUAAACACUACAAUAACCGUAAAAUAUGCAAACUUACAAGAAAUUCAUGUGAGCUAGCUUUUACAAUUAUACAGUAAUGUGUAGCAUGUGAUUUGGGCUUUGUUGAUACAUUGCUUUUUAAAAUAACAUUCUCACCAAUAUAUUUGCAGUUUAAGUUAAUUAAGACAAUUUGAUUUUUUUUUUCAAUUGGAAUGUAUGUUAAACUUUUUUUUAAAUUUAAUUCUGCAAUAGAAUUAUCCAAAUUUUCAACAUGCCUAAAUGAUUUCAAUGCUACAAGAGAGAUUACAUGUCCUAUAAAAAUAUCUCUUAAUGUUUGUCUUAAUCUGUUCCAUUAAUCACGCAAAUAAAGUUAACAAAUGUAUAUAGGUUGUUGAAAACGAUAUGUAAUGUAUACCAAUGAAAACAGUAUUGCUAAACUAAAUCAGCCAAUGGGAAGGAGACGUGUGUAUGACCCGUUCAAAGGGAAUGUGCUGUGUUGCACUGCGAUAAUUCAGUCCAAUUAACCCCAUGGUAUGUGUUCAAUAUUAAAAGCAGACAGUUGUGGAUUAACAGUAUUUUGAAACAUUUCUAGAAAGGUGAUGUAAAGCUAUCUAUGGCAAAAUUACAGUUGUACUGAUUUCUAGAAAUGACUGGGCACAGUUGUAAUUUUCUGCAUUAUGUUUUGCACAUUUUUUUUUUCCAAUUGCGCCCUUUGAGACAUUUUUUAUAGAUAAAACAGUGUUUUCACUAAAAUUAUUAGAACGGUUUGUGAUCUACGCAAUUAAAAACUAGUAAAAAGCAGCUAUAUAGUAAACCCCUCUGUUAGACUUGCAGGGAUGCUAGUGCUAAAAUGAAUCAUGAGUUUAGACAGAGCAUGCUAUUUUUGCACUAAAGUUUCCCCUAUAACAAUCUAUUCAUCUUUGUGUCCUUUUCAGGAAAAAUGUGACAACUAGUUACCACACCCAUUUCUGACAACCUACCAAGCAUUAUGUCUAUAAGGUGACAUUUUUAAAUCUCAUUGUGAUCUGUUAUUUAAACUCUAUAUAAACUCUAUAUUAAACAAUCCAGGAAUUUAUAUUCACCUUCUGGGGUCAAGAAAGCACAAGGCACUUUUGCAGGUUAAGAGAUUUGGACUGUAAUACUUUAGGCAAACUCAUUGUAUAAUUAGCUAGCACUAAGCUGUGUAUGUAUCAUAUAUGCCCAAUACCCAAAAGCAUACUUGAAAUGCUUACACUUUCAUUAUUUUUACUAAUAAAGUAUAUGAAAACCA